AGAAAAGGAGCGAGAGAGCUCGACGUGCUCGAGUCGAGGAGCGAGGCGAGGGGAAGGGGCGGCGAAAAAGCGGAAGAAGACUAUUGUGGCCUUAGCAGGGGUGACCCCAAAUGGUUCGGACGAGCAAUUUCGGAGCUCGGACUGGUGCAGAGAAUUUACUGGCGAGAGAGAGAGAGAGAGAGGAACCGGACGAUCCCGAAUCGUCGGGCGCUUACCUGCUGAAGUGAAUGGCGCUAGAAAAAGAACCGUCACGAUGAGGUAGCAGAACACACCGGCCCGAACGUCUCGCAUUUUCCCGACUGACUUUCCGUCUUCCUUCGUUUCCUUCCUUCGUUCACGUGCUGGCUAUCGGUCAAGGUACAGUUCACGAUCACAUAAUAAACAAUUUUCUCGGCGCAGAUCCGUUCGCGGCGAGAGAGCUGCUCUGUUUGCCACUUACUCCGGCUCGGCUCGGCGUUCGCGCCGCCUAGCCUCUCCUCGGGGCCCGACGGAGAAAAAGAAGAAGCACGUAUGCUCGCCGCGAUUUGAUCCUAUGCGAACGGGGGAAGACCUGGACAACAAUGUGCGCGUCUCUCCCGGCGGCAACGCGUGCUCGUCCCGUGAAGCUUAGCAGGCGAAUCGCGGGGCUGGAUGAUCAACAGGCGACCGUGAACCGGCUCAUCGCCGAUCGGCCCGGCCGUCACCACUUUUGACAGAUAAAUGCUAGGCCGCGCCGUCGAACGCGUUCAAUCAUCUGUUAUUAAACGACCAUUUGCUAUUAUCGAAACCAAUUGCCGGUCGACCGCUCGAAACAACGCUACCGUCGACCAAUCGAUCCAUCGAGAUAUCUCGAGAACGAGACGGCGCUUGCGCUACCCCAAUGCCGCCAACAUUCGAUCCUCUAUCCGGCAGAAAACUUGCGUUUCAAGACAGUAUUUUCGAACGAUCAAAUUUUAUAACAAAUUAUGAUAGAAAAUAAUUGAUCUUGGUUAUCAAAAUAAAUUCGAAGGCUCGCCCAUGAAUUUUUCAUAUUUUUACCAACCGUAUUUAUGGUACAAACAUUUAGUACUACCAACGACGCGACUCGUUUUCCUAGAUCGGCCAGGAAAAUAAUCGUACCUCGAAGUACACGAAACUUACAAAUUUUUAGAUACCUUUUUUAAAAGCUGACAGAGGUCGAAGAUGUUAUUGUUCAAUAAUAUACAAUUAUUGUCCAAUCUAUAGAACGUAUAAACUCGAAAAGAGUCGCAACGCGGCAACUCGAAGCUCUCAAAUCGUUCAGGAUAAUAAUUCGACAACCCUUUUCUAAACAGGCAGAAAUCGAAGAAGCUGUUGGCGUCCAGGAAAGAACGAUCGCUUCGAGAACGUCUAGACCGGAGAAGGGAACUUGGCUACGAGUUUGGAAGGGUCCUUUCGCGCCGGAGGAUCGUUCCCCCCAAAAUUUUGCCCGCGCUUUCCGCAGGGUCUCUCUCCCCGGGGUCGUUGGUGGUUUUAUUUUUGGAGCAAGUCUCCGUGCCGGUAGUUGGCCUGCUACCUGGCAGAUAACGCUAGCAGCUGUCUGGCGGAAAUCGAUUGCUAUACAGAGUAUUUUUAAAAAGCGGGAUCCCCACUCGGUCGAGUAAGUUUUCCCGAAAAGUGCCCCGGGGACUCGUUUCGGCUUCCUCUUCGGCUUCCUGCUCGGCGCCGCGUUUUUCGUGCGGAAUCGAGGCGGCGCGGGAUCGUCGGUGUCCGGUUACAGGUCCUUGGAACGUAAACGAAUGCGGCACGUGUCAUGGCGAGUAGCGGUGUGAUAAACGAAAGUCGCGAAGCCUGAACCGUUUCGCAGCGUGAUCGGAGUGCCGCUGAUCAAUUAGAAUCGCCGCGAUGAUGGAGGAGACGGUGUUGAGCCUGAAGUGGCAGAGUUUCUCUUCCCAUUUGGCGGUCUCCCUGGACACAUGCUACGAGAAGCAACAAUUUGUAGACCUUUCGCUCGUGUGCAAAGACGGGACGAUCAUAAAGUGUCACAAGAUGGUGUUGGCCAACGCGAGCACGUUCUUCCGACGGCUGCUGGUCGCCAACGACCAUCCGCACCCCAUGAUCAUUUUGCACGACAUCGAGGCCGACGACCUGAAGACCAUCGUCAACUUCAUGUACUGCGGUGAGAUACAAGUGGUUCAGAGUGAGGUUAGACGAUUGUUGAAGCUCGCCGAAAUCUUGGAGGUCACCGGCCUAAAGCAGAUACAGACCAAGGUGCUCGGUGGAGAGACCUACAACAACUCGUCGCACGAGCCGGCCCGGAAGACCGCCACGGUGUCGCGGUCGAAGAACGAGGAGACCAAAGGACUGCUCGCCAAAACCGUACCCGAAUCCGAGCCCGGCACCUCUAGGUCCCAAAUCAAGGCUUGCCCUACCACCAGGUCUCUCUCCGCCUUACAGAAAUCUGGGAUCAAAGCUCAGGAGGUUGGUAAGAAGAGCAAAGAGAAUAUGAAUCUGUUGAGUCAACGGUUGGAGACCGGUAAGUCUGGAAUCAGUAUUUUGGAUGCCCACGAUAUGCCUAGCACCAGCAGGGGCAUUCCCGAUCAACCUCCUCAGAGGAGAAAGGAGCCCCCUGGUCCCGUUAUUAGUUGGCCUAGGAUACUCUCGGAGAUCUCCAAGGAUCACCCUCUGCCCAAAAAGCUCUGUAUCAUGGACGAGGUUGAGAUCACCGCUGGGAAACCUCCUCCGGUUCCUCAGGACUCCGUGAGGAACGAACCUCUGGACAGGAGAAAACAGGGGACAGGUUCGGAGGCUAUUCAGACCAUGAACUGCGCGGUAUACAUAAAAGAUGAAUUAGAUAUAUGUCACGAGCUGGACGAAGACGAAGACAUGGACCCUCUGGAAGUAGAAGAACUGGAGAACGAAAGUCCCGACGAGAUCCCGGGUCACUCUCGAAGGUUUUCUUACACAAACAUCGAUCAGAUCUAUAACACAGGCUCCCUCCCAGAAUUCCCACCUAGAAAGGGGUCGAACGGUUAACGUACAAAGUAAUAUGCGACCAAAAACUAACAAGAACCACGCGUCGGAGGACGAUGCUUAUACAGAAUAAGAAUUGUUUUCUUGGUUGCAAGUCUUUUCUGCAAGGAUAUAAAUGUGUACAUGUUAAGCAUAAUCUACCACCUUGUUCGUUACUUUGUUACACAGUCCUGUUUCUUUUCUAAUAAACCAGUUCAACCUGAA